AUGCCCAAAAAAGAAGACAACAAGUUGGGGCUCAUUGGAGCAACCGCUUAUAUAGUUGGCUCAAUUAUAGGAAGUGGCAUCUUCAUUGCACCUAAAGUUUGUCAAGUUUACACCGGAGCAAUUAUAAAUGUUCACGAAAAGUCAGCUCUUCUCAUGCUCGAAUUUCAGGGAAUAGUGGAACAUGCAGGAUCGGUCGGUCUCUCCUUGAUCAUUUGGGUACUCUGCGCCCUCCUCAACAUGAUAACUGCCAUUGUAAACAGUUGCCGCCUACAUUCACUUUUUUAUUUUUACUUCAGAAUUACAUUGAACUGGGCACGAGCAUCCCCGAAUCAGGAGCCGAUCUCGCCUACAUUGACUACAUGGGAUGGACUCCUGUCGCCUUCUCCCUGCUUUGGCUUUCUUUGCUCAUUCAGAGCUCCUCCUCUGCUGCCGUACUAUAUCUAACUUUUGGAAAGUACUUGGUACAGGCCCUCGAACCGAUAAUCUGCUUCUCAGAUUCUCAAGCUGAUAAUGCUGCAAAACUAUUCGGCUUCGGGUUACUUUGUGAGUUUGACAAUUGCGUAAGCAGUCGGAAAUGCAAUUUUCUUAUCAGUAUUUCUCACGCUGACCAACAUGUUUUCAUUGAAGAAGUUUGCCUCAAGAGUGCAAAUAAUUUCAAUGUGCUCCAAGAUCUUUGCCACUCUCAUCAUAAUUGCCAUCGGAUUAUUUUUCAUCAUUUUCCGCGGUGCCACGUCACACUAUAGUAGUUCUCAGAUUAUGAAAGGAAGUGAUUACAAUGCGGGAGCGAUCGUUCUGGCCAUUUAUCAAGGAAACUGGGCGUUCGGAGGAUUCACCACUCUCAAUUACGGCUCAGAAGAGAUUGAGAUUGUGAACUUUCGGAAGUGGGCGAAAGCAAUUUUCGUUGAACGCUUUUGCAUUUGCAGAACUCUUCCACUGGCGAGCCUGGGCGGACUCAUAAUCUCGGCGGUGAUUUAUGUGCUCGUCAACGUCUCCUAUUUCGCCAUUCUAACACCUCAGGAAAUCAUCGAUUCUUCGGCAGUCGCGACGGUGAGAAUACGGAGGAAGGAGCUCUCCAUAACAUGCUCUCUCGCAGACAUUCAUCCAAAGAACCGUGGGAAACGGGCCAGCUUUCGCCGUGCCCGCAGUCGUCGGGUUCUUGCUCAUUGGCACUCUCAACGGCGACGUAUUCAGUUGGAGCAGGUCCCUCAACCCGAUGAUAUUCGAAUUGAUUUGACUUGUGACCUAAUUCAGGUACAUGGUCGCCGGGUCACGUCGCAAAAUGAUGCCCACCUGCUUCAGUUUGAUCCAUGUUGACAACGACAGUCCGCGAGUGUCAGUCUUCUUCCACGUACUUAAACGAAUUUGAAUUUUGAUGGAUAUCAAUUUCAAAUCAUUCCAGACUCUGACCUCCAUAAUCUUUGCAUUUCUGGGAGACACUGACCAGCUGGUGAACUACCUGACCGUGACGGGAAUGAUGACAACGAUAAUUGCAUUGGCCGUUCUGAUCAUCAUCAAAUGGAGAGACCUCCCGAUUGCAGCUGACCCAGUCAAAUACAGUAUCUUCUGGCCAAUAUUGAACAUUAUCAUAAUGGUUGCCCUUUUGAUCAUCCCCAUUCAACAGGAUCCUCUCUCAUCCAUCAUCGGAUUCUCCAUGUUCUUCGCUGGUGUUGGUGGGUGCCUUUUUUGAAUUAUCGGCCUACGAUACCCCUCGUUCAGUGGUCUACUUCAUUGUCAAAUUCGUCACAAAUCACACCAAAUUCCUGGCCACAAUUGACAGUGAGAAAUGGACAUAACUGCCCGAUAUAUAACCAAAACGAAUUCAGGAGAGGUGACUCAUGUUUGUCAAAUUCUGACAUGGACGGUUGUGGAUUCGGGACCCGAGGAGAAGACUCGCCUAUGA